CUGUAUUUUACGAGUGCAAUUGAUUUUGAUUUCUUCUUUGUAUUUCUGUACAUUGAAAUUACAAAACACAUCGCGUUAUAAUUGCAUUUAUUAUAAUUUUAUUCUAGUUUAAUAAAAAGUUAUGUAAAGUGAUUCGUGAGUAGAUAUUUAGUAUUUGUUUAAACUAUCCAUACUACACUACUAAUGGUUGUUCGUAUUUUGCAAGACAUGUUGAAAAACAAAAUUGACGUCACAAAUCCCAUCAGCUGAGCAGCUUAAUUUAUUUGUGGUGAUUGCAUUAAAAAUACGAAUAAAAUGGGUGGUGCCGUGAGUUCCGGGCGUGAUAACAAUGAGUUGAUAGACAAUUUAAUGAGUGGGAAUUACAUCCGUACUAGACGUGUAGAGAAGGUCUUUCGUGCACUGGAUCGAGCUGAUUACAUGACACCGGAGGCUCGGGACCAAGCCUACAAGGACCUUGCUUGGAGAAAUGGGCCUCUACACUUGUCUUCUCCAUGUAUCUAUAGUGAGGUGAUGGAGGGGUUAGAGCUGAAACCAGGGCUAUCCUUCCUGAACAUUGGCUCUGGGACUGGAUACCUCAGUACCCUGGCUGGCCUGAUACUUGGAACAUCAGGCAUCAGCCAUGGUGUGGAGGUACACCCAUCAGUGGUGGAGUAUGCUGUGAAGAAAAUAAGCCAGUUUAUUGAAAAUUCUCCUAUUCUGGAUGACUUUGACUUCUGUGAACCAAAAUUUUAUCAUGGUAAUGGACUCUGUCUGACUCCAUUGUUAUCCUGUUACGACCGUGUUUACUGCGGUGCUGGCUGUCCAGAGGAAUACGAAAACUACUUCAAGAGACUUAUAAAGGUGGGCGGUGUCCUGGUGAUGCCGCUAAACGACACGCUGCAGCAAGUGCGCCGCGUCGGCGAGAAUAAGUGGGUGACGCGCAGUCUGCUCAACGUGUCCUUCGCCACGCUGCGGACGCCGAGCCGGGAGGAGGCCGCGCAGCACGUCAAGCUCGACAAGCAGACGCCGGUGCGGCUGCAGCUGCUGUCGCGCGCCGUGGUCCGCUGCGCCAUGCGGCGCGGCGUGCUGCGGCGCCACCCCGAGCUGCGCGAGGCGCCGCGCGCGCCGCCGCCCGCCGCCUGCCCGCGCCGCAUCUGCAUCCCCAUCGAGCCCGGCGGCGCCGUCGAGGGCUUGAACGUCCUUCACGACCUCGACGGCGAGAACGGGGCGAACGAGAUGAACGCGCUGCUGAGCCUCGUCAUCAGCAUGGGGCACAACCGGGUGGCUGGCGCGUUGCGCUUCGACCGCGUCGACGACUCGUCGACGGACUCCUCGGAUUCCUCGGACGACGAAGACCGGGAUCCGGAACCGGAAGAGCAGGACGGGGCCUCGCGCGACGAAGCUGAGCCGGCGAACCCGCAACCCGAGAAUCAUAAUGCGGCGGACGAUAGUUCCGAUAAAAAACGGAACGCUAUCUCCGAUUCCGAUGACGAUAAACCGAACACCCGGUCAAAGGUCAUCAAGACGGACCCCAAGACCGGCAACAAACGCCAGACUAGGCGUCCGCGGAGGCCGAGGUCCGGGGACGGACCGGACGAGCCCCGCUUCCCGCCCGGCUGUCGGGAGCUGUUGUCCUACAGGUACGAGUUUGACGAGCCGUCGACGUCGAGUAAGGAAGCUAAGACGAGCACGAGUGAAGAAUUGACAGAUUCGUCGGAACGAAAGUCUCUGACAUCCACAGAUGAUGACGCCCAUUGCAGCAAGGAAACAAAACGCUCAACUCCUCCGGGCGUACCCUCCGAGGUGGAGAUCGACUUGGGCUCGAAAAUGGCGCCGGAAGCCAGCACGUCCCAGAUGGACUGGGACGACAUCCAGACGGACACCGCAGAGGUCAGCGACGACGACACCGACGACACGAAGAGCAAGGCGAAGAGGCAGAAGCUGGACAGCGGGAUAGGGGAGACCACGCCGAGCGGCUCGUCCCCGACGUCACACAAGUCGAAGACGGAGUCCGAGAGCGAGCAGUCCUACGGCAGCCCCGCCGCCGGCUCCCCGCACGACGGGCGCUCGGAGGAGGAGUGCGCGGAGCUGACGGCGCACGCGGCGCGGCGCCGGCGGCGCAUCGCGCGCGGGGGCGACGCGCGGCGCGUGCGCCUGUCGCUGCUCAUGAAGCAGGCCGUGCGCGAGCUGCCGCUGCCGCACGCGCUCAAGAAGUUCGUCAAUCUGGGCCGCUGCUUCGAGUUUUAGGAGCAUCGCAGUCGCCUCGACGUUUACCGACAUUACGAGUGUCAUAAUAAUAUAAUUAUUCAAAUAUCUUUGGAUCGGGAUGCUCGAUGGAGAUGGAGGCUUUUCAUAUAUAAAGUCUUGUAGGAAAGAAAAACUGAGAAGGACUGAUUAAUACUUAGUCAUUUAUAAUAUAAUGUAUCUUAUUGAUAAACUCGAACUGAGUACGCUCUCCCGUCUGUACCGUCGGUGUCUGCGAGCCGGAAAGAGACGACACGAUGUCAGUGCGAGUUUAUUGAUAGUUGAAUGUCUAUGCCUCGUAUUGCAUGAAUUAAGUCAACUUUAAAUUAUAAAAUAAGCAAAUGAAAUGUUAUCGAGGUGUUUGUAAAAGAUCUUUAAAAAAGAUUUCAUUAAAAUAAAAAUAGACUGUAUUUCAAAGAUGUUUGGGUCAUGUCACACUACAACUGCGUGGUUGGUUUCAUAUUUUACUGUUAUUCACUUGAAUACAUUAAAUAAAUUAGUAAAAGAACAAAAUUUAACGUAGUGUGAAUUGAUUUUAAUAAUAUCCUAUAAUGUGCAAUGUUCAUCAUUUGUAAUUGUAAUAUUUGCUUGAGUGACAACAUAUAUCAUGGUGGCCACUAAGUGGAGUUCGCCGUGGGGAAGGGACACUGCCUUCCCAACCGCGAACUUUUCUUACGGGAGCUUUCAACCUUUAUGAUAAUAAAUUUCAUAGGCAGAAGAAUCUUCACGUGGUUAAAAUAUCAACGGAUUCUGUUGUAUAUUACUAUCUCUCUCUCAUGCACGAGAUGAAAAGGAUAGCAAGUCUUUCAGAUAUUGUCUGCCAGUUUCUAAUAGAGAUAGAUAGAUAUUUUCUAAUCUGAUUGUGAGCUUAAUGCUCAUGGUCGCUUGUUACUCUUUGAUCAGGUUUGAAUUACAAAAACUGGAGAUAUGUAUAACAGAAUCCGCGUCAAUGGGUACCGUGAAGGGUUGCCAGGUCUUAAAAUCGAAUAGCCGUACAUACCAGCAGAUUUAGCCGGAUAUUUGGGUAAAAAGGCCGGACGCCCUUCAUUAUUUUUUGUCACUGUAAUAAUUAAAAAAAAAAGAUGUAAAAUAAGGCUUUUGUAUUUUAAAUUUUAGCUAUAGUCUUUGGUUAAAUGUUAAAUGUCUAUUAAAAUUCGGACAGGCUGAACACCGUCUAAUUUGUACGGACAAUUGAAAAAGGCUAAUUCUGUCUGCCCGUAUCCGGACGCCUUGCAACCCUUCUCCCGUGGCUUUCCCCGUCGCAUCAACCGGUUCUUCUUAUAUCAGCAGACCAACAUUUUACAUUCGUGGAUGAUAAAUACAUAGCGUGUACGUAAACUAACUAUCGAAGGGCAUGUGUCAAAACGACUAAUGUGCCAAACAGUUGCCAUUCAUUAUUGUUAUUAUUUUUUAAAUAAUAAUUAAUACUCAUAUCACAAAGUGCUAUACUUGCUACAGGUAGAUUUUCGUUACAAGUGCAGUGAUGUUUGUCUAUGAUUUUUAAACCAACAUAUAAACAACACAAUGUGUAUAAGAAAUAAAAACUUAAAAAACAUAAUUAGUAUACAAACGAUGUUGGAUUAACAGAUCGAAUAUUAUAAAUGCGAAGGUAACCUUUGUAUGUUUGUUUUUAUGCCUUUUUACAGCUAAACCACUGAACGGGUCAUAAUUAAAAAUUGACGUAAUAGUGGCGUGGUACAUAGAUAAGGAUAUAUGCAUAUAUUAUAUAAUACGAGAUCUGAAGGGGAAUGGAGUCGCAUGGAAUAGCUAGUAUUUAAAUAAAAUGCUAAUCCUCCACUAAAUGGAUUAAUAGCGGAUAAUAUAAAUAGAUAAAAUUUCUGAAAUAAUUUAAGCUCACUUAAAAUCUCUCUAAAUAUCAUAUCAAAAUGGCAAUUCUAGCACAUUAGAUCUUUUGACUCUGAGACGAAAUUCACGAACUUAACUCUACUGCCAUGCUGUUAUCUAUUAGCUGCAUGAUGUUUCUUGCAAGUGUAAAAAUAGCAACCAAAUGUUGCCAUAUUGUUAUUUAAAUGAUGCAACUAUCUGGUAACAUUAUUUCAAUAGGGAUCAUUUUACACUUUUAUCGUAGUAAUUAGAAUAUGGAGAGUUAAAAUUUGUUUAUAACGAUUGAUGUAAAUAUAUUUUGUAGUAAUGUCAUUUGUUUUGUUGCAAUUAUAUAUGGUUUUAUUAUAAAAUUUUCGUUGGCGUUUAUUGUCUAUAUAUGAAAUAUUCAAACUACCUGUACCGUAGGGUUAAUUUUAAAGAUUAUCUGUGGAUUGUUUAGAGACGUUACCAUUGUCUCUGUUAUUUUUUAACAGCCAUGUAGUAUUAUUAUAACAAUAUAAAGGGACACGUAUGAUUCAAACCUAUUUACUUGCUCAUUCGUGUAUUCAAACUAUUGUUCUUCUUACACUUCUAAACUUCUUCGUUGUAUUUUAUUGUUCAUUGAUAUGUCAUAAUCUUAGAACAAAAAGUUUGUAAGUGUCGUAGGUUAAGUGAAUGCUUACAUGGCUGCUUGAAAAUAUUUCUGAUAUUAUUUUAAUUUUGAAUUGUUUAAUAAAAUGCUGAUGUUGUCGAA